UUCCAGCUUCCUCAAGCGGUACGCUUUCUGCGCGCCAGCCCACCAAUCAUGCUAUUGUCGGUUGCCAUUUCAUUUCAAAGAAGCGGUGGCUCUACACGUUCCCACUUGUGGUUGUCAUGCAACUGGCGCAAAAAUGGUCUACACAUGAAACAAUAAUCGGGGUUGCCGCAGGUCUGGCAAUUGAAGCGGGGGCCAUAUAUAUCCUGUGAGCUGUUAGAUUGGUGGAGACAUGCAGCGCCUUGUCAAUAAGGGUGAUCGAUUCAUCAAUGGUUACGAUCAAGCGUAUCACCUAUGUCUUCCGCUGAUGAAUCUCCGACCUAAUCCUCAAGGCCAGCAGCCUAAGCGUGACCCCAUCACCUAUCAGUGCCAGCACGGGAUCCCUGUUGACUGGUCCGAUUCGAAGGCACUUGCUGUCGCGAACAAAGGCAUCCAGAAUGCAGUUAGGGACAGUUUGAAAAGAGAGGAUCCUUGGUCGGAAGCGGAAAGAGAAGAGUUGGGAGGCGUCUUUCUCAAACAGCCUAUGAUCUCCCUGUUGGACGCGGCUCAACUCUUCAACGACCGCGCCCAUCCCUUGAAGGAAAACGUUGAUAGGAAGCGAUUCUAUCCGAUUGAACGAUUUACUGAGAGCAUCCAGCACGAAUAUCGUAUCUACAAGACCACUUGUGACGAAGGACGAGCACCAAGAAUGGUGGCCACGGACGCCAAUCCAGCUUCCUAGAAAGACGUCCCACUCGAAGGCCUGUUUGUACAAUGGAUGAAAGAACAGAGUGCUUUUAUAAAGACUAAGGGGAUCAAGAAGAC